UUUUUUUUUUCCUUUUUCUUCUUUUUCUACAUAUUUAUCCUAUGUUAUACCGGGAAACAGUCCUUCAGUUCAUCUAUUCAUAGUUGCCAUUAUUUCUUCAAUAAUAUCAACUAUAAUAUCAGUGGCAGUAAACCAAAAAUACUCAUCAUCAUGACACAUGAAAGGCAAAAUUUGUUAUUUGAUAUAUCUCAACAAGACAACAAUGACAGUACUUCUAGUUCUUCUUCAUCUAGACAACAUAGCGUAGAACUAAGACGAACCGCUACCAUCUCUUCCUCACCCAUUAAACCUCAAUCUGAAGAACCAUCAUCCGAAGACCAUCAUACAGACAACAAUAUUACACAAGAAGCUUAUUCAUAUUCUCAUACAGCUACUACUGAAUAUAUGCAACUUGAUGUAGACGACUCUGAAACAACAACUCCCUUUAGACAAAGUCAACACCGACCUCUUUUAUUAGACAAUGAAGACGACGACGACGACUCUAUAAAUAGUCUUGAAGAAUCAAAAUUUUAUCGAUUACCAUCGGAUGGUGGAACUAUAUUUGCUAGUUUCUUGAAUAUGGCAAAUAGUAUUAUUGGUGCAGGUAUUAUUGGUAUUCCAUAUAGUAUCAAGGAAGCAGUAAGUGUCAAAAAUGAUUUGAUCAGAACCGAAGAUAUAUAUAUAUAUAUAUAUAUAUAUAUAAAGAAGGGGGAAGAUCAAAUUAGUUAACCAAUCGUAUCAUCUUUCUUCUAUAUAUCGUAUCUAGGGUUUUGGUAUGGGGAUUAUAUUAUUGAUCAUAUUGACAGUAGUUGU